AUGGGGGCCGGCAACCACUCGCCGUCGUCCGCCAAGACGUCCCCUCGCGGCUCUGGCGCCGGAGGUGGCGGAGACGAGCAGUACUCCCCGUCGUCCAAGUCUCCGCGCGCCGGCGCCGGCGGCGGAGGCGAGCACUACUCCGCGUCGAGCAAGUCCCCGCGCGCCGGCCUCGGCGGCGUGUCGUCCUUGCUGCCGAGCGGCGGCGUGUCGUCCCUGCUGCCGAGCGGCGGCGUGUCGUCCCUGCUUCCGAGCGGCGCCGUGGCGACGCUGCUCGAGAGCAGGUGGACGCUCUCGGGCGCGAUCACCGUGUUCCUGUUCCUCGCCGUCACGCUCACCGUGACGACGUCGUCGUCGUCGCUGUCCCCCGUCUCGGCCACCUUCUUCUCCUUCCUCCCGGCCGGCCGCGCCGCCCUCGUCGAGCCGGCGCAGGCCCCAGCGACCCCGCCGCCGCCUCCGCCCGGCGCCGGCGUGCCGCGGCUGGCGUACCUCAUCUCAGGGUCCAAGGGCGACCUGGACCGGCUGUGGCGCACGCUGCACGCGCUCUACCACCCGCGCAACCUCUACGUGGUGCACCUGGACCGCGAGGCGCCCGUGGGCGAGCGGCUGGAGCUGGCGGCGCGGGUGGCCAACAGCACCGUGUUCCGGCGCGUCGGCAACGUGGAGGUGAUCCGGCGUGCCAACAUGGUGACCUACCGCGGGCCGACCAUGGUCUCCAACACCCUGCACGCCUGCGCCGUGCUCCUCCGCCGCAGCCGCGACUGGGACUGGUUCAUCAACCUCUCCGCCUCCGACUACCCGCUCAUGUCCCAGGACGAUGUCCUGCACGUAUUCUCGACGCUGCCGCGCAACGUCAACUUCAUCGAGCACACCAGCCGCCUCGGCUGGAAGGAGGGGCAGCGCGCGCAGCCGCUGAUCGUGGACCCGGGGCUGUACGCGUCGAAGAAGCAGGACAUCUUCUACGCGUCCGGCCGGCGGGAGCUGCCGACGGCGUUCAGGCUGUACACGGGGUCGGCGUGGGUGGCGCUGACGCGGGACUUCACCGAGUACGUGGUGUGGGGGUGGGACAACCUGCCGCGGACGCUGCUCAUGUACUACGCCAACUUCGUGUCGUCGCCGGAGGGCUACUUCCAGACGGUGGUCUGCAACGCGCCCCGGUUCGUGCCCACCGUGGCCAACCACGACCUCCACCACAUCCAGUGGGACGUGCCGCCGCGCCAGCACCCGCACGCGCUCACGCUCGGGGACAUGGACCGCAUGGUGCGCAGCGACGCGCCCUUCGCCCGCAAGUUCGCGCGCGACGACCCCGUGCUCGACGCCAUCGACGCCCAGCUGCUGGGCGGCCGCGGCGGGAACGGCACGGCGGCGGGGAUGUUCGUGGCGGGAGGCUGGUGCGGCGAGAGCGGGGACUGCGAGGGCGCCGCCGGCGCCGAGGACUGGGUGCUGAGGCCGGGGCCCGGCGCCGAGAGGCUGCGCAGGCUCAUGGACCGGAUCGUCAGGUCGGAGGCGUUCGCUAACCGCCAGUGCAAGUAG